AGCAGCCUGAGGACAGUGACGGUCGAUGGGAGAUUAUCAGUCCUGUGUCAUAUUUUCAGAGGCUGCAGCAUCCAGGGCAGACAGAGUAAAGUGGAGAGCAGAAGAUGCCAGCUCCACCUCCCCCACCACCCCCAGGGCCUCCCCCACCUCCCACUCUCGCCAUUGCAAACACAGAGAAACCCACUUUGAACCGUUCAGAGCAGCAAGGAAGGAAUGCUCUUCUAUCAGAUAUUUGUAAAGGCUCCAGGCUAAAAAAAGCAGUUACAAAUGACCGCAGUGGACCUGUUUUUGACAAACCAAAAGGGGGAGGAGGAGGAGGAGGUGGUGGUGGUGGAGGAGGUGGAGGAGGAGGGGGUGGAGGAGGUGGUUUAAGUGGUGGGACUCCUGCUAGUUUAGGAGGUCUAUUUGCAGGAGGGAUGCCAAAACUGAGGUCCGCAGGAAACCGAGACAACGACUCGGGACCCAAUCGAGGACCUGUUUUCCCACCAGGACCUCGUCCUAGUGGACCCAGCCCUUUUGGUGGUGGUGUUUCUGGACCACAGAGGCUCCCAGGUGUCCCAGCAGCUUCUCGUGGUGGUGUACCCGACCUUCCUAAAGGUCGUCCUAAUGUCUCAUCCAGGCAAGACACUCCAGGAGGACCCCCGCCUCCUGUGCCUAACACGCCUAGGCCAUCUCAGAACUUCCAGUCUCGUGCAGGCCCACCCCCACCCUCACUCCCUGCAGGACCCAGACCCAGCCACGCUUGUGCACCUCCACCACCUAGUGUUCCACCAGGGAGACACGGAUCUCUCCCUCCCCCACCCGGAGGCUCUUCAGCCGGACCUCGAACAGGAUUCUCCACACCCCCUCCUCCACCCCCAAACAGCUGCAGACCUCCAUUACCUCCUGCUCCUGGAGCGAGACCCCCGCUUCCCGAUGAUCGACCGCCUCCACCUCCAGCCCCAGCAGGAGGCCAUCGGCCAUCGAUGCCCCGGGACAUGCCCCCUCCUCCCCCAUCUUUCAACUCCAAACCUCCCUCACCCUCCUCGUCCAGUCGUCCUGCAAUUGGUGGGGGUGCGCCUCCUCUCCCUCCUGGACGACCAGGCCCCCCUCCCAUCCCACCAAGCUCAGGUGGAGGGGAGGACCAAAGCACACCUCGUUUACCCCAAAGGAACAUCUCCCUCAACAGCCCUGCUCCAGCACCCCCACCUGCUCGGACAGGACCUCUCCCUCCUCCACCAAAUGAGAGACCACCAUCAGUUGGAAGAAACCAGUCAUCAGUGCGCACAGGCCCUCUUCCUCCACCACCUCCUUCAGGUCGUAGUGGCAGCAUCAGGUCCUCGCCAGCACCUUCUCCUGUUGGUCGGUCAGGUCCAGAGCCGCCUCGAGGUGGACCUGGAGGUAGACCUCCUCUGCCUCCAGACAGACCAGUGACAGGAGGGGCUCCACCUCCUCCACCACCCAUAGGGAAUGGUUUUCAAAACUCUCACCACAACCAGAUGCAAGAUGAGUGGGAGUAUCGGUUUACUUUUCAUCCAGUGUCAGACCUUCCUCCACCUGAGCCCUUCGUGCCUUGCUCAAAGAGCUACCCCAGCAAGAUCACCAAAACAGAUGGCAAAGGUGCAGGUAAAAAGGAGAGAGGAGCUCCCCCUCUUCCUCCUAUACCCAGGUGAAGGAAAAUGGCAG